UUUUGUAAUGGGGCAAUCUUUUGGGGACGGACCAAAAUAGCAAAUGGGGCAAACAACAAGGGACGGAGGGAGUACGAGACAGUUUUAGUGGUAAUCCUGCUUUCCUGUAAUGUGCCGCUGUCACCACUCCACAAACAUUCUUGUAAGUGUUCCUCCUCUACUUUCCCUUCAGCCUAACCUGCAAAAAAGGUGGCAGAAACUUGGAUUUUUUUUCCUUAGGGCUAUCAUAAAACUAGCCAACCAAAAAAAAAUUUCUGCUCCUGUCUAUAAGUGUAGUGCAGAAUGUGUACUUUGUUAUGAUCCGGUCUUCAAAAGACUGAGAAUUACACAACACUUUUAUCUGUUGCUCAUAGUUUUUUGAAUGAAUUUUUUUUGGAUAGAAUCGAAGGGGAGGAACUCGAGGAAGAGAAAGGGGGUCUGUUGCCCCUUGUUUGAUAUAAGGUUGGCGAAGGAGAGGCCAUGGAAUAGGAGGAAUCCAUAAUCAUUCCCUUUCUAUUGAAUUAAAUUCUUCCAAAGUUGGAAAGAUUUGGAAUCUUCACCUUAUCUCCCCUUCCCUCUUCUUUGUUCCCUAUGCUUGCCUCCAACAUUAUUAUCCAAACAUAUUGUUGAAGUCAUCGAUAUAAUAGUGUGAUUCAAUAAGUAGCACAGAACAUUGUGGGAAACUCCUAAAUCCUUUUAUGUUUCUUGUUUUGCUGCAGGUUACCAGUCAUUCAGUUUCAAUUUCUUUUAUACUUGUUGCAUCACGGCUCAAAUGUUUUUUGCAUUGAUUUUUCAACCUCGCCUGUUGCCACCAAAUAUGUGUGCUAAUAUACAGCUUCAGUUUCUAGGUUCGGUGUACAACUGGGAGAAAAUUUCAAGUGCAAGUAGAUCAAAGUUUCUUUAGUGGAUUCUUUGAUCACUGCUGAAAAUUGUAUUCAUUCAAAGCUACCAUUUAGUGUAGAAAUAUCAGGAGUUGGUUAUCUUCUUAAUCCGUGUGUUUUAUUGUAACUGAUCUGUUUGUCAUCCAUUAAAUUGCAACUUUCACUUUGAUGCAAUAAGAUUUUACACUGGUGACAGCAUGCAUGCUUAUUCAUUAUCUGCUACAUAUUGGCAUGGAGGCUCUUGUAGAAUGGAAAUUGUCAAUUACCCUAUGUGUAUGUUUUAUUAUAAUAUUGUCAGCCCACCUUUUCUGUGAUUUGAUGAUCUUCUCAUGCUUUGUGUUAGAUCUAUGGCUUCCUAAAAUCUUGUCAUGUCAUAUCUGAAACAUUCUGUGUGUACUAUGGUUCCAACAAGUUAAGAUAUAUUCAUGUGUAGACUAGUAUCUCUUUGUGCACUAUGCAGUGUUUAUCAGUGGAAGGUGAUGCGCCCUACAUACAUUUUUCUGUAGGUCAUUUCACAGGCACAGUGUAAGCAAGUUACUGUCCAUGUUGGAAGAAUGUCUCAGACUCUCAGAUGAUAUAAGAGAAAAACAGUAUAAUUUAAAGAUAGCUUUUAGAUUGUCAUUCCGUACAUAAUAAUAGAUAGAUCAAUUAUCAUGUUGAAAUUUCAAUUGCUUUUGCUUUUGCUUUGUAAUUCAUGAUAGCAGUCCUCCUACAAUAUUAAACACUUGCUGUUGGAUCUUUGAUUCUGAUCUUCAUGUAUCCAAGCGCUAAAAGGUGACUGCUGCUGCAAGAAUGUGAGUGGGAUAUCUUCAAGCGGUUGCAGGUAGUAGUUGUUGCUUGUUAUGAUUCAUGCUUACUGCACAGUUCUUAUUUAUGUUACUUUUAUGGCAAUUGGAUCCUCUAACAUUAACAUACCGUUAAAGGAUUUAGCAUAGUUGUAAAACAGAAAUAGGGAAUAUGUGUGUAUUACUUACCAGGUGCUUAAAUGGCUCAAACUAUCUAUUGGAGUAUUUGUGAGCAUUUAUACAAGGGAGGUGACUGGUUCUUAUCUGUUAAGGUCUCUUUGCUUUAGUACGGAGGGGUGGUAGUUAUUUCAUCCAAGAUAGGGUAAGAAGGUUUGUCAAACACAUCUUACCAUGUAUCUCAGAUUCCAACAGAUAUCAGAUGGCUAAGCUGCCAAAUUCUAUUCUCUAUUAUUGGGUGUCUCCUCCUGUUGUUUUAUUUAAUUUAAUUGUUGUAGGCUCUUUAUCUCACUUUUAAAUUCGAAAUUUUUAUUAACACGUGUAAGACCGGCAGCUAUGCGUUAAAAGAUGUUAUGAAUAUCAGAUCAUACCUUUGUUUUCCCAACGGUCAAGAUUCAAUGAUUAUAAUUGGAAAAUAAUCAUUCAUGAUAUUCUUCCAAUUAUAGCUGCAUAAUUUAUUUUAUAUAGGGUAUUAGGGCUAAAUUUCACAUACUCUCUCCUCAUUUCAUUGCAUAGUCGAAACAGAUCAGCGCAGCUGAUACAGACCAAGAUCAGCACAGAAGUCAGAGUUAACAUAGCUAUUUAUUCUUUCUGAUGGAUUGCCUUCAACCGAGUUUGAAAUACCCAAGAAGUUCAGCAAUCUUGGAUGACAUUAGUGGGCCGGAUUAUAUCAGCAAGCUUCACGAUGAUAUUCUUAUACAUAUGCUAGACAAACUUCCUAUGGAAGAAGCAGGGCGUACCUCCCUUUUAUCAAAAAGGUGGAACGGCCUAUGGAGGCACAAGAGGAACGUUGAAUUAGGUUACAAGUUGUUCCAGAAGCCCAAUAGGAGCGUUAAAUUAGGUUACAAGUUGUUCCAGAAAUCUGGUAAUGAUGUCUUGCCAUUGUUGAUCAAAGGUUUCAGUGAUGUUCGGCAACAAACUAUCCAUCGUCUAAGUGCCUCUCUUCGUUAUGACAAAACUAUGUUAACUGAUAUUAAGUUAUUGAUGGAUUAUGCUAGUUCGAAAAAUGUGGAAGAGCUAUAUAUGGAUUUCAAUGCUAAGACUGACAACAUUAAGUGGAGGAGACGGUACUCAUUUGUCCUUAAACCUGAACUUGUAAAACAGUUUUCGUCAUUGGUUAAAUUGAGUUUGAAGUCACUGAAACUGGAAACACUUCCUCCUUUGUGCUUCAUGGCUCUAGGUGAACUUUUCCUUGAGCAGGUCAAACUUGGUGAAGACUCAGUGGAGAAGAUUACUAGCAAUUGUCCUUCUCUUGCUCUGCUCUGUCUUAGCAAUUGCAAUCCAAGUUCUGACCUGAAUAUUGUUAUUGCUGCAAACUCUAAUAUUCUUCAUUUGGUAAUACGGGAGGAGUUUACUGGGCCCCAAAACACACCAUACUCCUGUAGUAUUAGAGCUGCAAAUGUAAAAACAAUAGAAUUUGCAUCAGCCUUGCCUAGAAAAGGAUAUCAGAUGAAAGGAACUCUAUCCUGUUCUGAAGCAAUAUUUCGACUUGAUCAAAUGGAACCUAGACUUGAAGCAGUAAAAGUCUUUAGUUCAGGAAUUAGGGGAAAUUAUACACAGAACUUUUUGGGGCUUCUAGGGAAGUUAGUGACUGCUGAAGUGCUUACUUUGAGUAGCUGGUGCAUUCAGGUUCUAUCAAUAGAGGUUCAUCGCUGGAAUAGACCUCCAACCUUUGAGGCCAAACAUCUCAUCCUGGAGAUCGGACUGAAUAGAUGGGAGUUCCCGGGAGUAGCCUACAUGCUUUUGGGUUGUCACAAACUUGAGAAUCUCGUCGUAGUCAUGGGUGCUCCUGCAAAAUUAGAUUAUGGAUCCGUGGAGACUUUGGUACGCCUCGGACGUAUUGGACUACCUGAACCAUCCAGCAAGAUUUUGCAGAAGCUAGAAGUUGUCGAAUUCAAAAACUACCCGGGACCUUAUGGUACUUGGGAUGGUGAUGAAUUCAAUCAGGAUCGUUUUUUUGCUGGAUCUGAAGUUGGAAGUCUGCUGGUAUGGAAUCUGAAAACGUACGCAGACAAUCUAAAAAAAACUGUAUUUUCUACGGGUGAAAAGUGCUUUGCAACCGACCAAUUUAGACGAUUUGGGGAUCUGUCCUCAGCUGCAAACCUGGGCCUGUGCCAUAUACCAUGUGUAUAUAGAGUCUUCGGGUAUAAAUGUUAUCAGCACCUUUAGAAUACAACUAUAUAAGUAUGCAAUGAUGUUUUGCACUUUUGCACUAUGGAAACUAAUUUAUGUCUUUGUUUGAAUUUUCUUUAUAUUUCACAGAAGGGUCAUGACUCAUGAGAUGUGAAACUCUAGUUUACCCUGUGUUGGGUUAAUAUCUUCUUUGCUGAUAUAAUCAGUUCAUUUUCCUUGGUACUA